GACUCGGGAGAGUGAAGAAACAACAGCCGCCAUUUUGUUUGUGUGUGAGCGACUGAGGGAGGGCGAGAGAGACCGAGCCGGACGGGGCGAGCCAGGGGGCGGGCAGCGCAGAGAGACCCAGGGGCCUGGGCGGGGAACGGGGAGAGAAGAGAGAGUCCGAGACGCAUCCCCCACAUACAUCACACCAGCCCCGCAGCCAGCCGCCGAGAGCCAGGCAGGGGCAGUAGGGAGCCUGCGCGCUCGGCCUCCUCGCUCCAAGCCCCGUCCCACCCCGCCCCGGAGCAGAGGAGACCCCCCCCGCGGUCUGUUUUAUCCAUAAGGGGGAGAUUUCCCCCUCUUGGGCCGGUAUUUUGGGAGGCGUCUGGACCCCCGUUGGGGCCCCCGCCCCCUAUGGCGGAGGCGAGAGGGCGUCCUAGCAGCGCCUGAGCGGCGGUGGGAGAGACGGAGAGUGACCAUCGCGGAGCGCAGGGAGUGGGGGGAAGAGAGGAGCCCAACACCCCCUGCCUUGCCCUGCCCAAACCCAGCGCUAAUAACCAUCCUCAGCCACUCGGGAGGGGGAAGGUAGCGCGAGAGAAGGGGGGAGGGGCCGGCUGCUUCUUCCUCCUCCUCCUCCUGCUUUGGGAUCGGUCCCUCCGCUUGCUCUGGGGGGCACCCGGCUCCUCGGGCUGAGCGAGAGAGCGGAGGGGGCGCUGAAACCCGCCCCUGCACCCCCAUCUCGGGAUCGGCGUUGCCUCCAUCAGGACAACAACCCCUCCUCCUUCCCCGCACAACAAGAUGUGAAGCGGAGACUCCUGGGACUUAUCCUCACCCUCCUCAUCCUUCCAGCUCCCCUCUCUGCAGCCAUUAGUGCCUGGCGAGGAAGAAGCAGGGGGAGCUGGGGACCCCGCACACGCGCUGUCUUCCUCCCCUCCAGCCCCUUCGCGGGCGGUGGGUGUUUUUUUUUUUUAUUUGUAGGGUGGUGUUGGACAGGGAAGGAGCUGCUAGAGGAGGGUGAUUUUUUUCUCUCUCUCCUUUUUCCUCCUCCUCUCCCCUCCUUCGCCCGCCUCCUUGUGGCGAUGAGGAGGAGGAGAACGACGCCGAGGAGGAAGAGGCUGAUGGCGGCGGUGAGGCGGCAGCAGGAGGAGGAGACCCCCCGGAGGAUGAAGAUGAUGGUGGCAGAGAUGAGGAAGCACCAGCAGCACAACAGCCGGGAUUAAUUUGACUAAAAGCCCACCAGCUUCUUCUCUCCUUUUUAUUUUCUGGCGGGGGCGCUUUCCGUGUUCUUCCCGUCCCCUCUGCCCGUGGCCCGGGGGAAAAGGCCUCUUCCCCACCCUACCCCCCACCUUCCCCCCCCGCUGAGCCGGUGCCACCCUACCAGAGACCGAAUCCGAGGGGCAGAAAAAGGGGAACUUGGACCCCCGCGUCCUCCAGAUCCGUCGCUCGCUCUCCUUAGUCUUCAGCUGAGUCGGGGGCCCGAGAGGAAGGCGAAGAUUUUGGGGAUCCCCCGUCUCUCUCCUCGUUGUGUUUGUCUAAAAAGAAUUAAAAAUGGCCGAGAAUGUGGUGGAGCCGGGCCCGCCUUCAGCCAAGCGGCCUAAACUCUCCUCACCGGCGCUCUCCGUGUCCGCAAGCGACGGCACAGAUUUUGGAUCCCUCUUUGAUCUGGAACACGAUUUGCCAGAUGAACUAAUCAGCUCCACAGAUUUGGGACUCACCAACGGUGGUGACAUUAAUCAGCUGCAAACCAGUCUUGGCAUGGCACAAGAUGCUGCAUCUAAACAUAAGCAGCUGUCUGAACUGCUGCGGGCUGGUAGUUCCCCAAACCUCAAUAUGGGGGUUGGGGGACCAGGCCAAGGCAUGGCAAGUCAAACCCAACAGAACAGUCCUGGAAUGGGAAUCUUAAACAGCAUGGUUAAAAGCCCCAUGGCACAGGCAGGGUUGACGUCUCCAAAUAUGGGGAUGGGUACAAGUGGACCAAAUCAAGGUCCUUCAGCCCAGUCAACUGCAGGAAUGAUGCCCGCAGUAAAUAGUCCAGUUAAUCAGCCUGGCAUGGGAAUGAACACAGGGAUGAAUGCUGGCAUGAAUCCUUCGAUGCUGGCUGCAGGCAAUGGACAGGGGAUGAUGCAAGGGCAAGUCAUGAACGGUUCAAUUGGAGCAGGAAGAGGGCGACCCAACAUGCCAUAUCCAAAUCCAGGAAUAGGUAAUGCUGGUAACUUGUUGGCUGAGACACUGCAGCAAGGUUCUCCCCAGAUGGGAGGACAGACAGGACUGAGAGGGCCACAACCUGGAGCAAUGAACAAGAUGGGAAUGAUGAGCAAUCCCAGUCCUUAUGGCUCACCGUACAGCCAGAACACUGGGCAGCAGAUUGGAGCCAGUGGACUUGGUCCCCAGAUGCAGAAUAAGACUGGGCUACCAAACAGCUUACCACAGUUUCCAAUGGACAAAAAGCCAGUUCCUGGGACAGGAAUGCCUAACAUGGGCCAGCAGCAGGCUACUCAAGUUCAGCAAGCUGGGAUGGUGCCAGCUGCUCCCCAGGGAAUGGGGUCAGGUGCACCUACAGCAGACCCAGAAAAACGCAAACUCAUUCAGCAGCAGCUCGUUCUCCUCUUACAUGCUCACAAGUGCCAGCGGCGGGAACAGGCAAAUGGUGAGGUGCGACAAUGCAACCUCCCUCAUUGCCGUACCAUGAAGAAUGUCCUCAACCACAUGACACACUGCCAGGCUGGCAAAUCCUGCCAGGUGGCACACUGCGCAUCUUCACGACAAAUCAUCUCGCACUGGAAGAAUUGUACAAGACAUGACUGUCCUGUGUGUUUGCCUCUCAAAAAUGCUGGGGACAAAAGAAACCAACAGUCAUUACUGGGGGGAGCUGCCGCAGGACUUGCAAAUACUGGCUCUGUAGGGGUAGGGCAACAGACUACGUCCUCUAUAAACACUACCAGUCAGAUUGACCCUAGCUCCAUUGAGAGGGCCUAUGCAGCCCUUGGACUGACCUAUCAAGGGAACCAGAUGCAGACGCAAUCCCAGGCUCAAGUGAAGAAUCAGCAGCAAGGGCAGUCACCCCAGGGUCUGCGCCCUAUGAACCCCAUGACUCCAGCCGAAUCCCAUGGUGCCAUCUCCCGACAUACAGCACCGGCCUCUGUACUGGAGCCUGGAUCGUGCUCUGGUGGUGGUGGCAGUCUGGGCUCUGAAGCCACUGAAUAUGAUCUUCUGGAAUGGGACCGUUGUUGCACUGGAAAUGCCCAGAGGUUCCAAAAAGAUGCUAAUCCUAUGGGUGUGAAUGGAGGUAUGGGGGUUCAAGCCCCUAAUCUGCUGCCUGAGUCGAUGUUGCAUUCAGCAAUGAAUUCCCAAAAUCCCAUGAUGAGCGAAAGCGCCAGUGUUACCAGUUUGGGAGCUAUGCCAACAGCAGCACAGCCAUCCAACACCGGAAUUCGAAAACAGUGGCAUGAAGAUAUUACUCAGGACCUCCGAAAUCAUCUUGUUCAUAAACUAGUCCAAGCCAUAUUUCCUACCCCUGACCCUGCAGCAUUAAAAGACAGGCGCAUGGAGAACCUGGUGGCAUAUGCUCGGAAGGUAGAAGGUGACAUGUAUGAAUCUGCAAAUAGCAGGGCAGAGUACUACCACUUGUUAGCCGAGAAGAUCUAUAAGAUUCAGAAGGAACUAGAGGAAAAACGAAGGACUAGACUGCAGAAGCAGAACAUGAUACCAAAUGCACCAGGCAUGCCUCCAGCUCCCAUGAAUCAAGGACCCAAUAUGGGGCAGCCACAACCGGGGAUGUCUGCAAAUGGUCCCCUUCCUGACCCAACCAUGAUUCGUGCCAGUGUGCCAAAUCAGAUGAUGAAUCGCAUGCAGACACAGCCGGGAAUGAACCAGUUUGGCCAGAUGAACAUGCAACUGUCCCCCAUGGGUCCUCGGCAAACCCCUCCUCUUCAGCACCCUGGACAGCUAAGCCAGGCUGGGGCCAUGAACCAGCAGAUGGGAUUUGCUUCACGUAUGCAGCAGCCGGGGGUUGGCCAACCUUCCAGCCAAAAUCAGUUUCUGCAACAGAACCAGUUCCCUGCUUCCUCCCCAGGAAUGAAUGCGACAAACAUGCCUAUGACCCAGCCUGGCAAUCAGACACCAGUGUCUCAAGCACAAAUGACCAGCUCUUCCUGUCCUGUGAACUCUCCUGUAAUGGCUCCAGGUUCUCAAGGGAGCCAUAUUCACUGCCCACCUCUUCCACAGCCUACCUUGCACCGAAACUCUCCCUCUCCAGUACCUAGCCGCACCCCAACACCUCACCACACUCCCCCAGGUCUGGGAUCCCAGCAGCAGCAGCCGCAGGCAACACCAGCAGCCACCACCACUGCCCCCACCCCUACAUCAAUGCCACCUGGACUGCAGUCACAAACUAUGCACCCCCCGCAGAGGCAGACUCCAACGCCUCCACAGGCACAGCUGCCUCCACAAGUCCAACCUCCAGUUCCAGUCACCCCUUCGGCAGAGCAACAGCAGCAACCCCUGUCACAACAGAGCACGACUGCAUCUGUACCCACCCCAACAGCACCACUGCAGCCUCAGCAUCCCACAACACCUCUUUCACAGCCGGCUGUAAGCAUUGAUGGGCAGGUAUCAAACCCACCAUCCACCAGCAGCACAGAAGUGAACUCGCAACAGACUAUCCCUGAGCAGCAGCAGCAGCAGCCACUCUUGCAGGAAGUGAAAAUGGAUAUUAAAAUGGAAGAAGAGGGGCCAGAACAAACAGAGCUCCAGAUGGAGGAGAAACCAGAGAUUAAAGUGGAACCAGUGGUGAAGGAAUGUAUAACAGCACCAAUGGAGCAAGAAGAGAAGAAACCAGAAGUGAAGUCAGAAAUGAAGGAAGAGGAAGAAAGACCCAAUACUCCAGCUACUCAGUCUUCUCCAGCACCAGGACAGUCUAAGAGGAAAAUUUUCAAACCUGAAGAGUUGCGGCAGGCACUUAUGCCAACACUGGAGGCGCUUUACCGGCAGGAUCCUGAGUCCCUUCCUUUCAGACAGCCUGUGGACCCCCAACUACUAGGAAUUCCUGAUUACUUUGAUAUAGUAAAGAACCCCAUGGACCUCUCUACCAUCAAGAGGAAGCUAGACACAGGACAGUACCAGGAGCCGUGGCAAUAUGUGGAUGAUAUCUGGCUCAUGUUCAACAACGCCUGGCUCUAUAACCGCAAGACAUCCCGCGUGUAUAAGUACUGCUCCAGACUGGCAGAGGUGUUUGAACAAGAAAUUGAUCCUGUUAUGCAGAGCCUUGGUUAUUGCUGUGGGAGAAAGUUAGAGUUCUCGCCACAGACUUUGUGUUGCUAUGGCAAACAGCUGUGCACAAUCCCUCGAGAUGCCACUUAUUACAGUUACCAGAACAGGUAUCAUUUCUGUGAGAAGUGCUUCAAUGAAAUCCAGGGGGAGAGCGUUUCUCUGGGGGAUGACCCAUCACAACCGCAAACUACGAUAAACAAAGAACAGUUUUCUAAGAGGAAAAAUGAUACACUAGAUCCUGAACUGUUUGUUGAAUGUAUAGAGUGUGGGAGAAAAAUGCACCAGAUCUGUGUGCUUCAUAAUGAAAUAAUCUGGCCAUCUGGCUUUGUGUGUGAUGGCUGCUUAAAGAAAACAGGACGAACCAGAAAAGAGAACAAAUUCUCUGCUAAAAGGUUGCCAUCUACAAGGCUGGGUACCUUCUUGGAGAACAGAGUGAACGAAUUUCUGAGAAGACAGAAUCACCCUGAGUCAGGAGAGGUCACAGUCAGGGUGGUUCAUGCCUCUGACAAAACUGUAGAAGUAAAACCUGGAAUGAAAGCAAGGUUUGUAGACAGUGGAGAGAUGGCAGAGUCCUUCCCUUAUCGAACAAAAGCCCUGUUUGCUUUUGAGGAGAUAGAUGGUGUAGACUUGUGCUUCUUCGGUAUGCAUGUACAGGAGUACGGCUCAGAUUGCCCCCCGCCCAAUCAGAGGCGAGUAUACAUAUCUUACCUCGACAGUGUUCAUUUCUUCCGCCCUAAAUGCUUGAGGACUGCUGUCUAUCAUGAAAUAUUAAUUGGAUACCUAGAAUAUGUCAAGAAAUUAGGAUAUACAACUGGACAUAUCUGGGCCUGCCCGCCUAGUGAAGGAGAUGACUAUAUUUUCCAUUGCCAUCCUCCUGACCAGAAGAUACCCAAGCCCAAGCGACUGCAAGAGUGGUAUAAAAAGAUGCUGGACAAAUCUGUGUCGGAGCGCAUUGUCCAUGACUACAAGGAUAUUUUUAAGCAGGCAACAGAAGAUCGUCUAACAAGUGCAAAAGAGCUGCCUUACUUUGAAGGGGACUUCUGGCCCAACGUGCUGGAGGAGAGCAUUAAGGAACUAGAACAAGAGGAGGAAGAGCGGAAGAGAGAAGAGAACACUAGUAAUGAGAGCACGGAUAUUCUUCUUGAAUUGUGGACACCAGAACUGGACACAGUAUUCCAGCAGCAGUCGCACCCAGUGCCAAAUACAGAGGUGAGUAAGGGAGACAGCAAAAAUGCCAAAAAGAAGAAUAAUAAGAAGACAAGUAAAAACAAGAGCAGCUUAAGUCGUGGCAAUAAGAAGAAGCCUGGCAUGCCCAAUGUCUCCAACGAUCUCUCCCAGAAGCUGUAUGCCACUAUGGAGAAGCACAAAGAGGUCUUCUUUGUGAUCCGUCUCAUCGCUGGCCCUGCAGCGAACUCCCUGCCUCCCAUUGUUGAGCCUGACCCACUCAUUCCAUGUGACUUGAUGGACGGGCGUGAUGCCUUCCUCACCCUUGCUAGAGACAAGCACCUGGAGUUCUCCUCGCUACGAAGAGCUCAGUGGUCAACCAUGUGCAUGCUAGUGGAGCUGCAUACCCAGAGCCAGGACCGCUUUGUUUACACCUGCAAUGAAUGCAAGCAUCAUGUAGAGACCAGAUGGCACUGCACUGUCUGUGAGGAUUACGACCUGUGCAUCACCUGUUAUAACACUAAAAACCACGACCACAAGAUGGAGAAAUUGGGCCUUGGCCUAGAUGAUGAGAGCAACAACCAGCAGACUGCAACCACCCAGAGCCCUGGUGACUCCCGCCGCCUGAGCAUCCAGCGCUGUAUCCAGUCCCUUGUCCAUGCCUGCCAGUGUCGUAAUGCCAACUGUUCACUGCCAUCCUGUCAGAAGAUGAAACGAGUUGUCCAACAUACCAAAGGCUGCAAGCGCAAGACCAACGGAGGGUGCCCUAUUUGCAAACAGCUCAUUGCUCUUUGCUGCUACCAUGCUAAGCACUGCCAGGAGAACAAGUGCCCGGUGCCCUUUUGCCUCAACAUUAAACACAAGCUUCGCCAACAGCAACUUCAGCACCGUCUGCAGCAGGCCCAGAUGCUCCGAAGGAGGAUGGCAAGCAUGCAGAGGACCGGUGUGGUAGGUCAGCAGCAAGGAUUGCCUUCACCAACACCAGCCACACCAACAACUCCAACAGGCCAGCAACCCCCAACACCACAGACCCCACAACCCCAGCCACCACCCCAGCCUGCCUCGCAACCCCAACCUGCACCUCCCAAUACUAUGCCGCCCUACACCAUGCCGAGAACUCAACCCCCUGGUGCUGUGUCCCAGGGCAAAGCAGGUGGCCAGAUAACUCCUCCAACUCCACCUCAGACUGCUCAGCCACCAGUCCAGGGUCCUCCUCCAGCUGCAGUAGAAAUGGCCAUGCAGAUCCAGCGAGCAGCAGAGACUCAGCGUCAGAUGGCACAAGUUCAGAUUUUCCAAAGGCCAAUUCAGCACCAGAUGCCCCAACUGAAUCCGAUGCCACCAAUGGGGAUGAACCCUCCCCAGAUGGCCAGAGGGCCUGGCGGUCACAUAGACCAAGGGAUGGGGCCAGCAGGAAUCCAGCAGCAGCCACCGUGGGCCCAGAGUGGGUUACCCCAACCACAGCAGCUCCAGCCAGGAAUGCAGAGACCAUCCAUGAUGUCAGUAGCCCAGCCAGGGCAGCCUAUGAACAUGGCGCCUCAGCCAGGAAUGGGUCAGGUUCCUGGUGCGCCUCAGCCAAAACCAGCAUCUCUGCCCCAGGCAGCCUUACAAAACUUACUGCGGACUCUCAGGUCUCCCAGCUCCCCCAUGCAGCAGCAGCAGGUGCUUAACAUUCUCCACUCCAACCCUCAGCUACUGGCUGCUUUCAUCAAGCAGAGGGCCGCCAAGUAUGCAGUGUCUCAAAAUCCACAAGGUAUGCCAGGGCAGCCUGGAAUGCCACAGGGGCAGCCAGGGCUUCAACCACAGCCAGCCAUGCAAGGGCAGCAAGGAGGGGUGCACCCAAACCCAGCCAUGCAAAAUAUGAACCCCAUGCAGGCCGGGGUCCAAAGGCCCAGCAUGCCCCAACAGACGCAGCAGCAGCAGCCUCAGCAGGCCAUGGGUGGGAUGAACCCUCAGGCACAGCCGAUGAACAUGAAUCACUCUGGGAUGUCUCCGCAAUUCCGGGAUCUUCUAAUGAGACGGCAGCAGAUGAUGGAGCAGCAGCGCCAUCAGCAGCAGCAGCAGCAAGGAGCAGGCCCGGGGUUGGGGCCCGGGAUGGCCAACCAUAAUCAGUUUCAGCAGCCCCAGGGUGUCGGUUAUGCGCAGCAGCAGCAGCAGCAGCAACAGCAAAGGAUGCAGCAUCAUAUGCAACAGAUGCAGCAAGGAACUAUGGGACAAAUGAGCCAGCUUCCACAGGCAAUGAGUGCAGAGACAGGAGCCAGUUUGCAGCAGGCUUUCCAGCAGAGGCUACUUCAGCAGCAAAUGGGAUCCCCAGCUCAGCCCAACCCUAUGAGCCCCCAACAGCACAUGCUCCCCAGUCAGGCCCAGUCCCCACACUUACAGGGCCAGCAGAUCCCUUCAUCGCUCACCAAUCAAGUGCGUUCUCCACAGCCUGUACCCUCACCACGACCCCAGUCCCAGCCCCCCCAUUCCAGCCCUUCCCCUCGGAUGCAACCUCAACCUUCUCCACACCAUGUCUCUCCGCAGACCAGCUCCCCACAUCCAGGACUGGUAGCUGCCCAGGCUAACCCCAUGGAUCAGGGGCACUUUGCCAGCCCGGACCAGAGUGCAAUGCUUUCUCAGCUUGCUGGCAAUCCAGGCAUGGCAGGCCUCCAUGGUACAAGCGCCACGGAACUGGGGCUCAGCUCCGAUAACUCAGACUUGAAUUCAAACCUUUCACAGAGUACACUAGACAUACACUAGACACAUUGUAGCAUUUUGGGAGCAAAAAAAAAAACUUAUUUUCUCAAGACUUUUUGUACUGAAGACAAAUUUUUUUGAAUCUUUCUUAGCUAAAACAACAUUUUUCCCUGGAACACAUCCGAACUCUGCAGCAGUAGUUUGUGGUUUUAAAAACAAGAAACCAACAAAAUAAACCUGAGGGACAAUAGAAUACAAAGAAUAUAUUUUUGUUAUGGCUGGAAUCAUAACCAGUCCUUUUUCUUGUUUUUCCUCGCAUGCGUGCGUUGGGAGGUGGAGGGGAAAAGGGUGGUCUUUUGGCCGCUGACUAAAUUGGCCCCCUUCUCAUGCCUCCAAUAGGUUUUAUUUUUUUUUUAAAUUAAUGAAAAUAUGUAAUAUUGAUAGUUAUUAUUUACUGAGGCAGAUGGUUAACAUUUUCCCUAUUCUGGUUUUUCUUCAUCACUGCAAAAAACCCACAGGAGAACAUUUCCUAAAACCGGAGGACAAAAGGGGUUAAUGUUGCUUUAAAAAUACAUUACAUAUAUAUAAAUAUAUAUUAAAAAUAAAUACCAGUUUUUUCCUCUUUGGUUGGAAAGAUGUCAAUUCUUUGAAAAAAUGUAAAAAUAUUAAAUAACCCAGUCCCCUCCUGAAGUCUACUUUUGUCCUCCAAGAAUUUUCUAUACAAGAGUCUGAGCUUAAAAAAAAACUUCAAGUAUUAAAAUAAUUUGUACAACAUUUUUGCAAAUACACAGGGGCAGCUGCCAAAUGGAUGUAGUAUAUAUAUUGUGGUUUCUGUUUUCUUGAAAGAAUUUUUUUGUUAUUUUUACAUCUAACAAAGGAAAAAAAAUAAAAAAGAGGGUAAGAAACAAUUCCGAGAGGAUGAUUUUAACCUGAGAAAAGUCCCUGGGGUUUCUUCUUUAUGCUUGCUUUCUCUCUCUCUCUCUCUCCCCUUUCCCCACCCUCUUCCACUUUCUGUAAAACUUGAAAAUAGAAAGCAAAAAACCCUCAAAUGUUGUAAAUCAUGCAAUUAAGGUUGAUUACUUAUAAAUACGAACUUUCGAUCACUGUAUAGACUGUUAAAAUUGAUUUCUUAUUACCUAUUGUUAAAUAAACUGUGUGAGACAGACA